AUGAAUCUUGAACAUUUUGUGGAAAUGAAGUUUGCUUAUACCAAUAUACUAUCUGUGUUAUGCGUUAAUACAUAUUUUGGUUUCUCAUUUUUUGUUUUGGAGAAAGAAGAAUUAUCUGACAAACGUGUUAAAAUCUUUCUCCAUAACAAUGAUCAAAAUAAACAAUCAGAUACACAGCAAGUAGAUUCAUAUGACGAGUUUUUAAAUUCUCUAGACUUAACUUGCAUUUUAUCACCAGAUCCUAAGAUUCGUUUAAUAGAAUUGAGAAAUCUUUCAGCAGCACUAGAUCGAGGAUACGAUAUCAAUCAAAUUGAUCACGAAAUACUCGAGCUAAUCUUUCGCCGUGUUUGUAAUGGAAAUUCAGAUAACAAAAUCAUACAGGAAUUACUAAAUAUUCUCGCAUAUAUUGGCUUCUCAUCCGAUGAAGUUUGUACCGAGCUACUUCCAACAGGUUAUUUAGAUUUACUUCUCGAUAUUUUAUCUGUAAAUCACGAAUCUUCUAUUAUAACACAAUGUUUAGAUUGCAUACACAACGUUCUUUAUGAGCAUACAUUAGUUUGUCAGACAUUAGAUGCCGCAAAUAUCAUUGAAGGUUCAAUUUUUAUUUUUGAUAACGCUUUGGAAGAAAACGAUUACUUUAUAUUCCCUAAUAGUAAUAAUCCAGAUCAAGAGAGAAGCUGUAUUCUGCAAAGUAAUCUAAUGCUUCUCUCAGAUUUAGUUUCAUAUUUUGAUUGUAGUCCAUUUUUCGAUAAAAUCGGAGAUAUCCUCAUAGAAAUUUCCCAAAUCAAUGAAAUCUCUAUCAAAACUUCUUUAGUAAGGUUUAUUUCAACAGUUUCUUAUUAUCAUUCAAGCCACCAACUUGGAUCGAUUUUAAAUCCGGAUUUCAUAUCGUAUAUUUGUUGUUCACUCGAACCAGACAGAAACGAGCUAAAUAAUACGAUUUUCAUGGCAUUAAAUAAUUUAUGCCAUUCGAAUCCAGAAAUAAGUAAUUUGGUGGUGGGGUCACCAGUACUAACAGUUGAUUUCAAUAUUUUUCAUCUCCAAAAACGUGAAAUCAAAAAUUAUUUCAAAUUAAUUUCAACUUUAUUUGAAUUUUCGCAAGAUGUUUCAAAUAUUAUUCAAAAUAUUGGACUAAUAUUGAAUAAUAUUAGUCCUUCUUCUAAUAUUUCAUUUAAAAUUACGAAAAAUUGCUGUUAUGCAAUUUCUAAUCUAAUUUUAAUGAAAAAUCAGGAUGUGAUGAAUCCUUUGAUUGACUUUAGAGAAUAUAUUGUAGAUAAUUUUAUUGCAAUGCUACAAUCUAAUGAUUUGAAUUUAAUUAAGAAAAUUCUUGAGUCAAUAUACUUGUUAAUGAAUUAUUCAAGAAAUUUCUGCUUAGAUAAUCUGAUUAGAGAUGAUUUUAUGCAGAACGAAAUACUAGAAACAAUUGAUGAACUGGAUCAACCUCCAAAUAACGCUGAUUACCAUGAAUUGAUAGAACUGAUAAGACAAGAAUGUAAUUCUGAAUAA